UCAAAUCAGCUCCAUGUUCCUGAUGAGCUCACUCCGCAGGGGUGUGCGUGUCCUCGCCCAGCACCAUGUGGCAGCUCUGGAGUGCUGCUCGGUGCCUUUUGUGCGUGCAUCCUCAUCAUCAUCCUCAUCCUCAUCCUCACUCCACGUGCCUCCUCCCGCCUGCAUGCUGCGUCCGCUCGAGGUGCCGUUCCGCUACCUGUUCGGACCCGGACCGUCCAACGUGUCGCCCCGCGUGCUGUCGGCCGGAGGGAGACCCAUCAUCGGUCACAUGCACCCGGAAAUGUACGAGAUUAUGAACGACAUCAAGGAUGGGAUCCGCUACGCAUUUCAGACCACCAACCUCAUGACGCUGGCGAUGAGCGGCUCGGGUCACACGGCCAUGGAGUGCGCCGUGUUUAACGUGGUAGAACCGGGAGAGAGCGUGCUGGUGUCUGUUAACGGCGUGUGGGGAGAACGAGUGGCUGAAAUCGCACAGAGAAUGGGUGCUAAAGUUCACACUCUGGUUAAAGCCCCUGGAGGUUAUUUUACCAAUGAAGAAAUCGAGAAGGAGAUUUCCAAACACAAACCCGUGCUGUUCUUCCUCACACACGGAGAAUCCUCGGCUGGUCUCGUUCACCCUGUAGACGGCAUCGGAGACAUCUGCCACAAGUACAACUGCUUGCUCUUGGUGGAUUCAGUGGCAUCUCUGGGAGCUUCACCUCUUUUCAUGGAUAAACAGAAGAUCGAUAUUCUGUACACGGGCUCACAGAAAGCCUUAAAUGCUCCUCCAGGAACAGCCCCCAUUUCAUUCAACGAAAGAGCAUGUCAGAAGAUGUUCAACAGGAAGACGAAGCCCGUGUCCUACCUGCUGGACAUGACUCACCUGUCCAACUACUGGGGUAACGACGGGAAACCUGCCCGCACGUAUCAUCACACCGGCCCCGUGUCCGGAUUCUUCACCCUAAGAGAGAGUCUCGCCAUCCUCACAGAGAAGGGCCUGGAGAACUCAUGGAGGCAGCACAGAGAGGUUGCAGAGUAUCUGUGGAAAGGGUUAGAAGAUCUCGGCCUUAAGCUCUUCAUCAAGGACAAGGAUUUGAGACUGCCGUCAGUCACCACCAUCGCCAUCCCUGAAGGAUACGACUGGAAGGAGCUUCUAAUGUACAUGCUGAAACACCACCAGAUGGAGAUGACAGGAGGCCUGGGGCCAUCCAUUGGAUUGGUGAUGCGAGUGGGGCUGAUGGGCUACAACUGCAGCACCACUAACGCUGAUAAAGCUCUGGCAGCUCUGUCCGACACCCUGAAACACUGCAAAAAACACAAGGCCUAAAGACAGAAACAGCAUCAGACACUUCGCUGGGCUACAGAGUGAUUGUAUAGACAAUAACCACGCCACAGAAGACUUUAGAUCUAAAGUGUCCCGGUGUGAUUGAGUUCUCUAGCAGGGACAGUGUGUAAACGUUCUCAGAUACCUGUUACAAUGAUGUGGAAAUGUACAGUAAACUAAAAACAUUCUUCUCUUUUAUUAUUCUGUUGCUAAUUUUUUUUUAUUAUUCAAAAUGACCAAUACAAGCACUCGAAUCUACACUCGGCACCCAUCCUGGGCGUGUCUGGUGGGCGGGGCUAUAAUCUUAAGUUUGUAUUCACUUAGAAGUACGAUGAUCCGUUUGCUGUUUGUUUUUCAUAACUAUCUCUGACACCGGUGAAGAAGAACAUCUGCAAAUGCUGAGUGUUUUAUUACUGUGUUCUUACUGCAAGCUUUCGCAACGCAAACUAACCGAUUUAUGCCUCUAGUCCUCGAGCCGAGCGCUAGAGGAGACAAACGCCGUCUUUUUUGUCCGCUAUUCGUAGCAGGCUUAUUCUCGGUGUUAUAACAGAUAUAAGAUGUUUCAAAAAGCCAAAAUACUGAAGCAUAAAAUAAAAUUUGUAUGAUUAAGCUA